AUCGCUGAGGACGCCUGCUCAUUGUAGUCAGGAUGGAGCCGAGCGAGAAAUCCAAAGUGUGUUCUGAGAAAGGACUCUUAGCAAAGAUAAAACUUUACCUUUUCAAGAAACCACUGCCAUCUCCCACUGACCGGAAGAAGUUUGACCACGACUUUGCCACCUCCACUUCCUUUCAUGGGGUACACAACAUUGCUCAGAACCAGAACAAAGUUCGCAAAGUCAUCUGGUUGGCGGUGGUGCUGGGCUCUGUCUCACUUCUAGUAUGGCAGAUCUACAGCCGCUUGGUCAACUACUUCACAUGGCCAACCACGACCUCAAUAGAGGUGCAGUAUGUGGAAAAGAUCGAGUUCCCAGCUGUGACAUUUUGUAACUUGAACAGAUUCCAAACAGAUGCUGUAGCCAAAUUUGGCAUCAUUUUUUUCUUAUGGGACAUAGUCUCCAAAGUUCUUCACCUUCAGGAAACCAGAGUCAAUUUCACUGACUCUAAUGAGGCUAUUGAUUUUGCUGUCAGUCACCAAAACUUCAGCAUCACAGAGUUUGUCAAGAACAAUGGUUUUUAUCUCAAUAAUAGCACUUUGUUGGAUUGUGACUUUUUUGGAAUGCCAUGUAGCCCAAAGGAUUUUAAACAUGUCUUCACUGAAUAUGGAAAUUGUUUUACUUUUAAUCAUGGUGAAAAUAUCCAAGGAAAGAAUAAAGUGAGUGUCUCUGGAAGAGGAUUAAAUUUGCUCUUCAAUGUUAAGCAGGAGGAAUUUACUGAUAAGCCCUCCCUGGGCUUUGCUGAUGCUGGGAUCAUAUUUGUUAUCCAUUCACCUAAGAAGGAGCCACAGUUUGAUGGCUUGGGCCUGUCCUCACCAGUGGGCAUGCAUGCACGGGUGACAAUCCGCCAACUCAAGACAGUCCACCAAGAAUACCCCUGGGGAGAGUGUAAUCCUGAUAUCAAGCUGCAGAAUUUUCACAGCUACAGUACUUAUGGUUGUUUGAAGGAAUGCAAAGCCCAGCACAUAAAAAAGCAAUGUGGAUGUUUGCCUUUUCUGCUUCCAGGAAAUGGAACAGAAUGUGACCUACAAAAAUACUACAGCUGUGUUUCUCCUAUCAUUGACUACAUUGAACUAAGAGGAUUGUGCACAAUGGGAACAUAUAAUUCUAGUUGCCCUGUGUCCUGUGAAGAAACAGAAUAUCCUGCUACUAUUUCUUAUUCUACUUUUCCAAGUCAAAAUGGUUUGAGAUUUCUUUCCAAGAAGUUGAAUCAAAGCCAAGAAUAUAUUGGGGAGAAUCUUGUGAACAUUGAAAUAAACUAUAGUGACCUCAACUAUAAGAUAACCCAACAACAAAAAGCAGUGAGUGUGCCUGAGUUACUUGCAGAUCUUGGUGGUCAGCUUGGUCUAUUUUGUGGAGCCAGUAUGAUUACAAUUAUAGAGAUUAUUGAAUAUGCAUUUACCAAUUUCUACUGGAUAUGCAUUUUCCUUUUGCUGAAGAUACCUGAAAUGAUCCAGUGUGCUCCUCCAACUCAGAAUCAUCCAGGAAAGAAAAAUAGAAUAGAGAUGUGUUAAUUUCAGGUUCAAAAUGAAAAUGUUCUCUUCAAAAUACUUUUAGAUUUAGAAUAGCUAAUUCAUUGUUAUGUGACUAUAUGUUGUA